AUGACGGAUUUGAAUGAGCUCAAAUUUGAAGUCCUCUUGGACAUCAUCAACUCCUCUGCAUGCAAAGCAAUGGAAGAAUACAAGAAAAGCAGACAUGGGGUUCCUGGUGCCAACUCAACUACUUUUCACCCCCUCAAUCUGGCAACAGACACACUUGCCCUUAGGAAGGCAAUCAGGUUGCUUGAAGGUGCAUACCAUCAUCAAUUGAGUGUGGUAUUGGCUCCUCCACGACACACGGUACAUGCAUUGUAA